AUGGCUGGAGAUAUCAUCGACCUGGUAUCUUCAAGCCCCACAGUCCGAAGAACCCAAUCUAUUCAAACAAAUGAGCUGCCACCUAGCACACAGGCGAAGACUCUACACGGCGGGCUGGCACUCUCGACAACAGCGAAAGGGCUUGAGCUGCUUUCCGACACUUGGCUGUAUUCUAGCGAUGCUUCCGAAACUGCUGAGUUUGUAAGCAGUCAACAGUCUCGAAAACGACCUCGUUUGAGCACUCUUGCUGGAUCAAACCGUCUCAACAGGCUGUCGACGGCGGGGUUACCUGCGGCGCAACCCAUCGAUUUAACUAGCCCUGGUUGUGGCAGCAGACCCUCGACAGCUACACAAUCUGUAAAUAAGACACACACAACAGUAAAAUCUAGCGCGGAUGCUGUGUGUCCCCAAUUUUCGGAUCCCUUUGGCAGUUCGCCUCCCAGGGCCCCGAAGCCAAAAGAAUCGGUACCGGUAGCCCGCACACGAUUAUUGCUAGAGGACAUCUCAUCAGACCCAUUUGGAAGUUCUCCAGCCCCAGCUCUAGCUAAGACGAUUCAACCAGCCCCAUCAGCGUCGUCACGCACCGCUUAUGCUACCGGCACAAAUGGCACUCGAACAAGGCGUGAAGUGCCAGUUGCCUGGGAUCCCAUAUCCAGCUCCAUUCCAGAAUCUCCAUUGGUCCAGAACAAGGCUCCGACUGCAAACCGUGCCCGAAGUCUGUCUAUUAUAAGCAUUGGGGACACAUGCUCAUCAGGCUCAGAGGACGACCUCCCACCACUUGCACAGUUUGACUUAUCACAGCCAUCAGUCAGCGCCACUACACACACAUACACGCAUACAUAUUCAAAGCCCGCAACUACUUCAAGACCUUCCAAGCCUGCUGCUGCCAGAACAUUUGCUCGAACUACCAGCCUCGCGAGUGGUGAGCGAGCCAAGAAACGGGAAGAACGCGACGCUUCCAAGGCUGCUGAGAAGGAGCAAAAGCGUCGCGAAAGAGAGGACCUUAAAGAACAGAAACGUCUAGAAAAGGAACAAGCAGCAGCCAUUGCUGAAGUUAACAAAGCAAGAACAGACAGGAAGGUAUCUGCUAUGGAAAUGAUUGCAGAACUGCCCACGUCACUCGAGGCUGGCCUCAGAGUGCAGGUGGAAACGUUUUUGGAGCAGAUGGGGGUACAAUACGGCUCGUGGGAGAGCCCAGUUAGCAAUGUGAUUUGCUGGAAGCGCAAGAUUACCAGCCGCUUUGACGACGAGUCCGGCCAGUGGGUGCCAGCGCCGUUGCGCGUACAGGACGAAAACCACAUUGUCAAGAUUCUCACUGCUGAUGAGUUGGUCACCUUGGCCGUUGGAAACAAGCUCGACGAAGACAUACAAGCUUUGAAGGAGAAAUUCCCAGGCAAAAAGACUAUAUAUAUUCUAGAAGGUGUCACUACAUGGAUGCGUAGAAACCGCAACCUGCGCAACCGCCAAUUCACGUCAAACGUCCGCCAAGAAACCACCGCUGCCUCCAGGCGGCGAAACAACCAGCCUAUCCAGGAGUAUAUCGAAGAAGACAUUAUCGAAGAUGCAAUGCUAGAGCUUCAGGUGCAGCAUGGUAUGCUUAUUCACCAUACCUCUAUCACACUGGAAACGGCACAAUGGAUUGCGUCCUUCACUCAACACAUCUCCACCAUUCCAUACAAGAAGCAGCGGGACGAAGCCACGGCUACAGCACGAUUCUGCAUGGACAGCGGCCAAGUCAAGACCGGUGAAAAUAACCGAGACACUUAUAUUCGAAUGCUACAAGAAAUCUUCCGAGUCACGGCACCCAUUGCCUACAGUGUUGCAGGCGAGUUUGGAUCCGUCACCAAACUCGUCAAUGGCUUAUCUGAAGGAGGAUCCAAGCGACUCGAAGCUGUGCAUAAGAGCGCCAACAAGGAUGGUGCGCUAUCUGAUAGAGUCAUCGGGCCCGCCAUCAGCCGCCGCCUACAUAAAAUCUUUACUGGCACUGAUGAGAUGAGCACCGACGUAUAA